UGAUUGAUGUUUAAUUUCCUGCCAGGCGGGUACCCCCUCCCUUUUCUCCCUCCCCCCCAAACCUCUCCAAUCCCCCUCCCUGCCCCCACUCACUUCCCUCCCUCAUUGCGGUGGAGGAGUCUGGAUUGGAGUUUUUGGUCGGCAUUUUUUUUUUUGGGUGCUUGAUCCCGAAAUAUCCCAGAGACUUUUUUCCCCUUUCUAAAUUAUUAUUUUGAAGGAGCUAGAUCUGGGGACAGAAAGGAAAAGGGGGGGGGGAGAGGAAAUCGGAAACCAAGGACAACCCAAAAGGACUCACUUUGCCUGAUGACUCAACGCAACUAAUAAUCAUCUCCCUCUCUGAGUGUCUCUCUCUGUGGCGUGUCAGUGAGUCCGGCUCGGGCUGCUGCUGCUGCUGCUGCUGCUGUUGUUGCUGCUGCUGCUGCUGGCGGCAGAGGAGGAAGAGACUGAAAGUGACAUAUCUGGGGUUGCCGCUCUAGUCUCUCCUUCUCUCGCUCCCCCCCCCCCCCACUUUUCUCCUUGAUUGUGGCACCCGCUCCAGCUGCUUCUGCUACUGCUCUUCCUCUCCAGAUAGCAGCCCCUUUAGCAGCAGCGGCCACCGCGGGUCUCUCGAUUUACCCUGCUUUUUCUCUCUAUGUAUUGGUUUCCUUCCUGAAGGUGUGAAAAAGCCUGUUUCCCCCCCACCCCCUUGCCUUCGUCUUUCUUCUCCCUCCCCUUUUCCCUCCCCCCCCCCUUGGCCACGAGCUCUAUUGCCCCUUUGGAGGAGCCCUUGCUUCUCCUCCUCCUUUACCUCCUCCUCUUCUACCUCCUCCUCCUCCCCUCAUCAUCAUCACCAACAUCACCAUCAUCACUAUCAUCUCACAAGAAGAAGACAUCCUGACCCAGGACCUUAAAACAUUAGGACUGGAGGAAGAGGAAAGGGCAAGAAAACAGAAAGGAAGAAAACAAGAACGUUAAAAAAGGAAACAAGAAACUUUCCACCCUGGAUUCUCUACUUUUGAUCCAUGGACAGAGCUCAGCUCAGCCAAGUUACAGACAGACUAUAAGCAGUCCUUGCUCAUUUUAUUGCGAUCUGCCUGUGGGAACUUUGUCUCCGAGUCAAAGUAGCAUGGAGCGGAGAAGCGAGAGUCCCUGUCUAAGGGAUAGCCCAGAUAGAAGGAGCGGCAGCCCUGAUGUCAAAGGUCCUCCUCCCGUGAAGGUGGCCAGGCUCGAGCAGAAUGGCAGUCCCAUGGGAGCCAGAGGGAGGCCCAAUGGCUCCGUGACCAAGUCAGUGGGAGGUUUGAUGAUUCCUGUUUUUUGCGUGGUGGAGCAGUUGGACAGCUCUCUUGAAUAUGACAACAGAGAAGAACAUGCAGAAUUUGUACUGGUUCGAAAAGACGUGCUCUUCAGUCAGCUGGUGGAGACAGCACUCUUGGCCCUGGGGUAUUCCCACAGUUCUGCGGCUCAGGCUCAAGGAAUAAUCAAACUAGGGAGGUGGAAUCCUCUCCCCCUCAGUUAUGUGACUGAUGCACCAGAUGCGACAGUAGCCGACAUGCUACAAGACGUCUAUCAUGUUGUGACAUUGAAAAUCCAAUUACAAAGUUGUUCAAAGUUGGAAGAUCUGCCAGCAGAGCAGUGGAACCAUGCCACAGUCCGCAAUGCCUUAAAGGAGCUGCUCAAAGAGAUGAAUCAGAGCACGUUAGCCAAAGAAUGCCCGCUCUCCCAGAGCAUGAUUUCAUCCAUUGUAAAUAGCACAUAUUAUGCCAAUGUGUCAGCAACCAAGUGCCAGGAGUUUGGGAGAUGGUAUAAAAAGUACAAGAAGAUUAAAGUGGAAAGAGUGGAAAGAGAAAACCUUUCAGACUAUUGUGUUCUGGGCCAACGUCCAAUGCAUUUACCAAAUAUGAACCAGCUGGCAACCCUGGGAAAAACUAAUGAACAGUCUCCUCAUAGCCAAAUUCACCACAGUACUCCAAUUCGAAACCAAGUGCCCACAUUACAACCUAUCAUGAGCCCCGGUCUUCUUUCUCCCCAGCUUAGUCCACAACUGGUAAGGCAACAAAUAGCAAUGGCCCACCUGAUAAACCAACAGAUAGCUGUUAGCCGACUCUUGGCUCACCAACACCCUCAAGCCAUCAACCAACAGUUCUUGAAUCAUCCCCCCAUCCCGAGAGCAGUUAAGCCGGAGCCAACAAAUUCUUCAGUUGAAGUUUCUCCAGAUAUCUACCAGCAAGUCAGAGAUGAGCUGAAGAGAGCCAGUGUCUCCCAAGCUGUUUUUGCUAGAGUGGCUUUCAAUCGUACACAGGGAUUGUUGUCUGAGAUUCUGCGUAAGGAAGAAGACCCUAGGACGGCCUCUCAAUCUCUGUUAGUAAACUUAAGGGCCAUGCAAAAUUUCCUCAAUCUGCCAGAGGUCGAGCGGGAUCGCAUCUACCAGGAUGAGAGAGAGAGGAGCAUGAACCCCAAUGUGAGCAUGGUAUCUUCAGCCUCCAGCAGUCCAAGCUCCUCCAGAACCCCCCAGGCCAAAACCUCGACACCGACAACAGACCUCCCCAUUAAGGUGGAAGGCGCCAACGUCAACAUCACAGCUGCCAUUUAUGACGAGAUCCAACAGGAGAUGAAAAGGGCCAAGGUGUCUCAGGCCCUGUUUGCCAAAGUGGCUGCCAAUAAAAGUCAGGGCUGGCUGUGUGAGCUACUCCGCUGGAAGGAAAACCCAAGUCCAGAAAACCGCACCCUCUGGGAAAACCUGUGCACCAUCCGCCGCUUCCUGAACCUUCCCCAGCAUGAGAGAGACGUGAUCUAUGAGGAGGAGUCCAGGCAUCAUCACAGUGAGCGCAUGCAGCAUGUUGUCCAGCUCACUCCCGAGCCUGUGCAGGUUCUUCAUAGACAGCAGUCUCAGCCAGCCAAGGAAAGUUCUCCUCCUAGAGAAGAAGCUCCACCUCCACCUCCUCCUGCUGAGGACAGUUGUGCCAAAAAGCCCAGAUCUCGCACCAAGAUCUCUUUAGAGGCUUUGGGAAUCCUUCAAAGCUUUAUCCAUGAUGUGGGUCUGUACCCUGACCAGGAGGCUAUCCAUACCCUCUCUGCUCAGCUGGAUCUCCCCAAACACACCAUCAUCAAAUUCUUCCAGAACCAACGGUACCAUGUGAAGCACCAUGGGAAGUUAAAAGAGCAUUUGGGCACUGGGGUUGAUGUUGCGGAGUAUAAGGAUGAAGAGUUGCUAACUGAAUCAGAGGAAAAUGAGAGUGAAGAGGGCUCAGAGGAAAUGUACAAAGUGGAAGCUGAGGAGGAAAAUGCUGACAAAAACAAGCCGGCUCCCCCAGAAAUUGACCAGAGAUAAUGUGAAAUCACAACAUCGAAAAUGAGACAUUGGUCCAAGGAUUUUCUGUUUCUAUUUUCUUUUUUUAAAUUUGUUUUUUUUUUUAGGUUUGUUUUUUCAUAUUUUAAAAACUUUUUUUCUUCCCAUUUUUGACAUUUCUUUGUUGCACGGGAUACACGUGCAGACUGAACGAGUUCAGUAUUGCCGAAUUAGUCAUCGUCUUGACACAGACACUUGAGUGUUACACUUUUACAUUUGACUGGAAUAAUAAUUGUAAUCACAUAAGACUAUGCCUUCAUUAACCUUGCACUUAUGGAAGAAAUGCAAAGCAAGUUCUCAGAAGAAAAGAUCUAUAAAACAAAUGAAGGAAACUACAAGUGUGUGUGUAUAUGUAUAUGUACAUAUAUAUAUAUUUACAUAUAUAUAUUAAAAUUGCAUGGGACAGAGAACUUUACAAUCUGAAAGAAUAGACUGUGAAAUGGGUUCUUAAAGACAAGACUUGUUUAUGUAUUAAAACCACUUCACAAUGAGUUGCUUUGGCUUUUUGAUAAACUGCCGCCUGCUCUCAGGGUGUGGUGACUAUUUUUUGAAUUCCUAUUUAUUUUCUAUGUUUGUCCCUGAUUCUUUUUUUUUAUUAUUAUUCUCUACCUUCCUAGCUGGCAGCUUGAUGGUUAAUUAUUGAGGUAUCUAUUUAACAAAAUAAAUCAACACUGCCAAAAAUAAGAGAGAGAAAAGGAAAAUGAAGCGGAAAAAAUCAGGGCACCUUAAGAAGAUAAAGUCCAAUUACUUUUAAGACACAAUGCACACUUAAAAUGAUUCAACAUGUUCCGUUACUCAGCUGGUCCUUCCUGUAGUGAACAGAUGAACUUUAGUGGAACUCAAAACAAGCAAAACUGAACUUCAGUAUGGAAAAGGCUUGUCCACUAAUGAGGUCUUGAUAAAAUAACAUUUUUGAGAUUGGCUGCAUGGAAUUUGUACUAUAAAACCACGUUUUAUCGUGGUAUUUAUUUACCUGUUCUUGGUUUCGGAGCUUAAAAUGAUUACACUUAAUCAUUUUAAAAUGUUUUACUUUAAUUGUUUUUAAUUUAAAAAAUUAAGCUAACCAACCACCCAACCAACAAACCCUUUUCUCCCUGUAGAAUGAGAAAUACGUUUGGUUAAAAGAAAUGUGCAGUUGAAGGGCUUCCCUGUUCAGAGACUUGGUCUGUCUCUUUCCCCAGAUUUAACCCUGGGUACCUGGCUCGCAGCCCUUCUGUUGGUGGAACUAAACGUUUCCAGUCACCAUGUCACACACAGCAGCCCAUUUUCGGCAUCGGCUGCCCCCCCACCCCGAAACCCUUUGCUAAACAAUUGUGCAGCUCUGGGCGAACGAAUAAAAUAAAGUUUCGAUAGAGUCAUCCACUGGUCACCAGGGAAUCCACCCCCAGCUAAGCCAGCACAGAGAUUCCAUCAGACCAGUAGAACUUCUCUCUUCCAUAGGACGAGGACGCAGGCCACCUUCUCCCAGGAUUGCUGACCUUUGUGCACAGCCCAUUAUCCUUCCCCAAGGCUCUUACCCUAACCCCCCCCCCCCCAAUGGAAACAGUUCCAAGAGGAGUCCUCGUCUAGGUGAAGGGCAUCCCUGCUUUGAAGCCGUCACCCCUUGUGCUUUGACCUUUCCAUUUGUGUUCUCAUGCAACCUUGUCAAAGACCUCAUGCAAUAUCACUUUGAAAGUUAUUUUCUGUUUACUACACAAGCAUUGUAAUAUAACUGUUAAUACUAUUUAUAUAUUUGAAAGGUAUAAAAGGUAGGAUUAAAAAAACCUCUAUGUGUAGAUAUUUACUCAGAACUUACAAUAUACAGGGAGAAGACAUGUUGCAAUACAAGCUAAUUCUAGCUGCUCAGUAACCUCUGGAGUUUUUAAAGGGACAUUUUCCUGUACUUUUUCAAAUACAAAUGUUUAGAACUUAUCUUGACCUGAAUGUCACAUACCUUUGCAAAAGGAUGGUUGUUUGCUACUAAGCCCUAGUGCUCAUCCUUUAUUUUUCUGUAGUAUGCUGCAGCUUUGAUCCGAAGUUCCAAUGGUUGCUGCUUUACGUUCUCCUCAGAGUUACUCCUUCCAAAUUGUCUUCUUACACUGUUGCUGAAAUCACUAUGUACAUGUAAUGGAAACUGGUUUUUGCCAAGCUCUUGCAAGGUGGUUCAUCUGUUGAUGGCAUCAGCAUUUGGUAUCUUUUACACUUCAACCAAAAAUUUAUUAGGUAUUUUUCAAUGCUAAGUCUUGCCUUUUAUUUUUAAUUUCACUGCCAAGUCUGCAGUGGUUCAAAGUGAAUCUGUGGGCAUUUUAGCCUGUGGUCUUGCCAGAACUUUGCGAAUUACAAUGCAUAUAUGUCUAUUUAUUCAAUAUCUGUCAUAUAAUAUCUAUUUGGAAAAAGAAACUUUCUCUUGUAGUGCCUCUUGACAAAGCACAAUUUUCCGCCUUUUUUUGUGAAAUAAAAAAAAACAAAUUGUGUUUUAUUGCAGUAUCAACAAUGUGAAUAAGGAUUAACAUAUUGUAAAUGUUCUUUUUUUCCAUGUAAAUCAACUUUAUCUUUGUUAUCACUAAGUGAUAAUUAAUUUUUAACUUAUGUGCAUUGUUAGGCUGUUAGAAUUUUUUGGUUGUUGAAAUAAAACGCAUUCAAUAAA